GUUGAAAAAAGACCAGAGUCCAUCAAGUUCAACCUAUAUCCCUAAUGAGUCCCUACUGAGUUGAUCCAGAGGAAGGCAAAAAAUCCUCAUACUAGAGGUAACAAUUCCUUCCCGACUCCAAAUAUGGCAAUUAAAUUGCUAUGUUGCCCUGGUGGAUAGUGGGUGGAGUAGUAACUAAUAAGAGGUGAUAUAUUGCAGCCUGCUUGCUCCCUGUAAACAGAGCAUUCACCCGCAGCAGUACCGGAGAAACCGAGGAAGGUCGAACAAAGUGUGAAGACUUGCUCUAUGAGCGUUUUGUUUUAAUCUACCUAUCAAGCUGCGGAGGCAUAGCCUUUAGUCAAUUGUUUGACUCUGUGGACCACUACGUUCUGAACCGGAAUUUGGCUUCUGCAGGAUCACUCAACUCUCUCUCAUGGAGCCUGGUUCCAGACCCGGCGCGCAGACUUUACACAAGGCAGACGCCGGCUCGCAGACUUCAUCUGCCAUACUUGCACGCUGCCAUAUGUGCCGUCCAGCGCAAGAAGAACUACACAGCCAGUACCGUGGACCCAGCGAGAUACCCCCGCUUCACCACAUCCAGGUCUGCAUACUAAGAGGGCUCGUAGAACUCCGCUAGCAGCCGCUCUCCCUGCAAGAACCAGGGAGGACUCGCUUAAAUGGCUAAGGGUAAAAUUGUCGCCCAAAAACUAAUGAAGAAAGACAGAACAAAGUUGGAUGAUUACCUUCAUGAGCUUUUCAUUUCAAUCUACCUAUCCAGCCAUGAAGUCAUCAUCUUUAGUUAUCCCCUCUUUAUUGAAUCUGUGGACCAUUACAUUUUGACCCAGGAUUUGGCUCCUGCCGGAUCACUCCAUUCUAUCAUAGAGCCUCGUGUUGGGAUUCCAGAAGUAAUAGUGAAGCGUUGUGCAUUACAGUUGACAAACGCCCUAGAAUACAUGCACAGUAAAGGACUGGUGCAUAGAGACUUGAAACCAGACAAUGUUUUACUAAUGGACAAGGAAUGCCACCAAAUCAAGCUGAGCGAUUUUGGCAUGACACAGGUCGCAGGAAAAUAUUUUUGAAGCUACAAUGGAAAAUUUUAGAGAAGUUAAUAUCCAGAUGAUCAAUGAAAUGAUUUCCAAGUACUUAUGAAUUUAGGCAAGGGGACCUAUGGUCAAGUUUUCAUGGCUCAUGGGAAGAAAACAGAUCCAAAGAACAGGAAUCCCAUAACUUCUGUCCUAAACUAUCUUAACUGUACUUGGGGAGUAAAGGACAUUAUAG